AAUUUCAGCUUACAAUAGGGGAACCAAGUGCCAGGUUGCAGUAUGGUUGGACGGACGCGCGACUUAGCUUAGUUGUUGGAGUAACGCUAUAGUUGAAUUUUUAAUAUUAAGGUUCGCUUAAGAAUGGAUAGUUGUUCUGCAUUUUAAAAUCGGAAUUCAAAUUUUUGUUUUCCCGCAUUGGCUUAUAUUUUUUACGCCCAGGGCCAGGAAGUGUGCAAACACUACAUGUGUGUUGAGUAGAACUCUAUCCAUUGCCGCAUUCCUACAGUUUAUUCCCCGUACAGUACUGAAGUGUCAAUAAAAUGAAGCGUACAAUUCGGAAUAUGAUGGAGGUUGUGUUUCUAAUGUGUCUUCUCUACUUGUGCUCAGCAGGCGUACUCCCAAGUCCAAUUCUGGAAGAAUCCACUUUUCAAAAUGCAACUGCUAUUCAAGUUGACUGGCAGUUUCCUAGCGAUAAUGCUGUGAGUAUGUUUGUCGUAACAGCAACUGGAAAGUUUUUUGAUAACGCCACUCAGGAAUUAACAGUUGAGGGUAAUAUUUACAGUGCUUUGUUGACUGAGUUAAAGUCUGGAGAAACAUAUAUUAUUGCUGUAGUCGCUGUUAAUAUAACUGACAAUUCCACAAGUCGGCAGAAGGAGGUUAAUACAUUGCCACCUAAUCCAGAGAUUGAAGUGGUGUCAUCUUCUCUUACUUCGUUAAGCUUUAAUUGGAGUUUACCAGGUGGAGAAAUAGCAAAGUCUUUUAGAGCAGAUCUGCAUAAUGAAGGCAUUCUUAAUUAUCAACAAAAAGAAUUUGAUGGAAAUGAUGUUUUGGAAGUAACAUUUCACAAUCUAUCAUCCUCCACUAAUUAUGUGUUAUAUCUUUAUACUUAUGGUUUCAAUGACUUGUUUAACAUUUCGCAGGCUUAUUAUAGCACAGAUAUACCCAACAUCCUAACCAGUUUCUACAAUGUUGGUAAAACAUAUUUUACCUUCAAGUGGUGGGCUGAAGAUCUACUUUUUCUCUCGGGUCCAUUCCUUGUUGAGUACUAUGGUCAAAAUAUAGAUACGCAUUUGAGAAAUAAAACUGCCGAAAAAACUUCCAGAACAGCAGAUGUGACAGAACUAAUUUCAGGAGAAACAUACAUAAUUUCAGUGUCUUUGUCAACUAAAGUAUCAACAAAAACAAGUAACUUGACGUCUGUCACAACAAGUUUAUAUGCACCAACGUUCAUUGAUCGUUCCCAAACAUUAACAUCUCUAACAUUCACCUGGUCGUCGAUUAAUGGAUUUGUGGAGUUCUAUCAAUUAACAUAUAAGGGUGUGGAGUUUGAAACAACACCAAGGACUUGGAAUGCUUCCGGUAGCGAAUUUGGAACCACAAUAACAGGGUUAACUCCAGGAAACGAGUACGAGGUUAAACUGGUUGCUGUUAGCAAUACUCAAACAAGUCCUGCAGACACUCUACGUAUAUCAACAAUGCCAGGCCCAGUGGAGAAUUUGGUAGUGAAAUUCACUAACUCAAGUUACUUACGUGCCGACUGGGAUCCUCCUGCUGUGGGGUAUGUUCUGAAUUACGAAGUGGUGAUACGCAAUUCAACAUCUAUUUUAGUCACAACUGACAUUUACACAGAUGGUUUUGAGUAUUACGAUGUUGUUCUUGAAGAGACGUACACAGUGUAUGUUACAUCUUUAGCAAAAGACGGCGAGAGAUCUGCUCGAGAGUCAGCCAGUACUGGGGAUAUAACGUCUGCUACUGAUAUUGCGCACGAUGCAAACGAGACGACCAUUACCAUAACGUGGACGCCCCCUAUAGACACCUACACUUUGGUGAGAUUUAUUUGCAGUAGUUGCUCUGUAAAGACCAUUGAUGUCUAUGCCACCAAUCUUCCUGUUUGCAUAUUCACUGACCUUUUACCUGGAAGCUCACAUUUAAUCUCAGUCGAGACAUUUUUAGAUGGACAAAGUAUUUCAACACAAAUUCUUUUGUUUAUUCAAACAAUUCCAGAUGCACCCUCCAUAUCAAAUACUGAUGAUAUUGGACUUGAUUUCAUUGCCUUGUCUCUGACUGAUACCUCAUGCACAAGCUGCACAUAUAGAGGGCAGGCUAUAUCCGAGUUAGGAGAAAUGGUAGGUCCAGUUGUAUACGAACCUGGAAGUUCUGAGACGACUUUUACAAUGCGAUUUGAAGCUCUCCAGCCCGGCACACACUAUACUAUAAACGUUGUGGCUGAAGUGAAUAGGCUUCACAGCGCACCAGCUAUGAUUGAGCAAAAGACAAACUUAGCAAUGGCAACAGACAUUACAUAUAAAGUUAACAGCAGCUCAGUGAGUCUUUCGUGGACACCGCCUUUAGGCCUAUAUGACACGGUAACAUUGUCCUGUCUGUCUUGUGGUCAGACGUAUAUCCGUACCGUUAAUGAUACGCCACAGGCUAUUUUCAGUGGCUUUACAUCCGGUAGUUCUUACUUUUUUAUGAUACAUACAACGAGAGAUGGAUUCCAAGACACUCAGCAACAAAUUCUUCAUAUAUAUACAGCUCCAGAACCUCCGGAAAUUGCUCAAAUCUUUUCAAUAGAAUCAGCAACAAUCACCCUGUAUGUUCAUGAUCAGGAUUGUACUUCAUGCGACUACAUGGUGUCUGCUAGUUCAACUGCAUUGAAUGACACAGUCGUCACGCAUGACCGAACAGCUUCAGAGUCUGUGUUCUAUAUUCAACUGCAAGAUCUUAAGCCCGGCAUGGAUUAUUUCAUCCAACUAGUUGCCAUCAAUAAUGGAAUUGAGAGCAAGCCUAUCAACUUCACGGCAACGACAAAACCAUUACCGCCUCAAAAUAUUCGUAUCAGUCAGGUGACCAUGUUUGGUUUUAAUGUGUACUGGGAUUCUGUUGAGGGAAACGUGGAUGCGUACAGGAUUGCUCUGGAACCCCUGCAUGUGGAAGUACCAGAUCUGAACAGCCUAGCACAAUAUUAUGUAUUUAAGAACUUACAACCAUUCACACAUUAUAAUGUAACAUUGUACUCCUUGGCUGGGUCAGAAGUCAGUGUUGGCAUUACAGAGACCAUCACAACCUUACAAGGAAUACCAGGACCAGUGCAAGACAUGAAGGUGACGCUAGCAGAAUUGCAAGCAAUUGUUAUUUUUUACCCUCCGCUGCAAGUAUUUGGCGUUCUAGAGGGUUACUCAGUCAACCAGAUUGGACAAUUUCCAGGAUUGCCCAAUGAUAAUAAUUUCAAAUUAACUCAUGUUAGUGACCGAUCACUUAUUGUCUUUGAAGAUCUGUUACCUGGCUACAACUACACAUAUGUUGUCAGUGCUAAAAAUGCAGAUAAUUUUGGAGAUCCAUUUUCUGCAUCAGUUAUUGUUCCACCAAAUGAGCCACAGCCAAGUGAAGUGAAACCAGAAUUGGUCCCAGAUAGUGCUAUUACAAAUUCUUCUUUUACUGUUACUAUUAAUGAUCUUCUGUUUUCGGAAGAUAAUGGACCAAUCUCUACCUUUGUAGUAAUUGUUGCUGAAAAACAAGCAAUUGGUAAUUCAAUUGGAGGUGAAACUGGUCACCCACAAAAUGCAGAGCUGCCUACAUGGGGCCAGGCAAUAAACACCAAUCCCACGCCACGAUAUCAAACCAGUGAGCCUCUUAAUUAUAGCAUUGUAAGGAAUGCUGGUAAUCGUAAAAGGCGUGAAGUGGGUGUUAACAUCAACAUUGGGUCUGAAGACUGCAGUUCCCUACCUGCCACUACUUUCUGUAAUGGACCUCUGAAGCCAGGAAAAACAUAUGUCUAUCAAUUCAGAGGGUACUAUGGCUCAGACUACUAUGCAGAUACGCUGUACUCGGAACCUGUUACACUCAAUGCUGAUGAGAAGACACCUGUGAGUGAAGACAGUGGUAUUAUUGUAGUUGCAGUCGUUCUUGGUCUUGUCAUUUUAGUACUUAUUGGACUAAUCAUCAUCUUGGUUUAUAGUUACCGUACAAAGAAUAAAGUUUUGCGAACAAUUGUUGGCCGAGAUGGUAAGUUUCAUGAAGCUAAGCCAGCAGGCCCUCACAUGAUUAGUCUAACGAGUGUGAAGAUGAAACCGGAGGAAUGCUGGGACGUGAACUUUGCGCAGUUUGAAUCCAAUAUCAUGCAGGAACAGAAAAGCAUUGUCAAUAUUUCAAACCAUACAGAUUUACUCGAUGAAAACACUGUUAUGUCUAUGCAAGAAGAGAUGGAAGACAAUGAAACAUCAUUCACAGCAAAAACAUCGGAGGAAACUGUAGAACAAAGUGCAUCAUAGUUUUAUAUUUUCAAACUUCAUUUUUUUUUACCUGCAAAAAAUGUACUUCACCAUAAAAUGGUAUAAAGCCUUGUUUAUUUGUGAAAUGACAUAUUUGUACAGAAAAGAUAAAAGAAAAUCUUGGUAUGAGAAUACUUUCAAAAGUAUAGCAUCAUGAUUUAAAUUUUUUGUAAAACAAAAAUUGUGUGAGAGAAUAAUAAGAUUUAAUUAUAAAUAUACAUUAUUAAAAAAAAUAAAUAAAAUGUGCUCAAAAAUUUUGAAAUGAACAAAUUCUCUAUUUAUAAGAAUAUUUUUUUUUUUCAGAACAGGUACAAUGCAAUACUGUACCAGUUUAUUGCUACUGUACUAAAUUUAAUAGUAUGCAUUUAAAAGUAAUACUUAAUCCAUUAUUUUUUGGAAUUACUGCACUAUCAAGUAUAUAUUUAUGAAAUCUAAACAUUUUUUCUAACUACUAAGCAUUUAUAUGCGAUAUGAGGGUGUCAAAUAGUCACCUCUGCUUGGUAUAUUAUCGUUUUAAAAUAUGGUUAUUGGUUUUCAAUGUAUAAAGCAAUAGAGGCAUCACACCCAGGGGUAGGGGUAUAUUCCCUGGGCCUUCGUCCACCAAAAAGAAUUCUGUGGCUUAAAUUGAUUGAAGAUUGAAGGGGAGAAAAAAAAAUUUAAUGUAUUUUCUACAUUAAAGUGGCCUCCUGGACCACUUUCGAAACCUUUCAAUUGAAGCUCAACCACGGCCACUUUGCUUUCGUCAGGGACCUCGGCCCCCUGUCAGACAAAUCCUGGCCCAAAGAAACAUGUAAAUAUAUUACUGUACAAGCCUGCACAUUCUACUUGCAUUAACUAAUAAUACUUAUGGCUGAAUAGCUGUAAGUGUUGGAUUUGAGAGAAAGAAUCAUUUAUUUGUAUAUCAAAUCUUGCUUAUCAAGUCUUGUAAAUAAUUUCAAUCCAGGUUGUAACAAAAUUUUGGUUUAAAAUGAGCAAAAGCAAAUUAUUUAACCAAAUAAAUUUUUAUGUAUUUUCUAACUGCAUAGGUUAUGUGGUUAUAUUUAUUACAAUAUGCAAUUUACUUUUGUAGUAUUUAAUUUAAUUUUUAAAGCAUUUUAUUAUUCUACAAUGUUUUACAACCACCAUACUUUUAUAACAGAGACUUCCGAUUAAUUUGAAUAAAUUUGAAUAUGAGAGUUAAUAGACCUUCCGGAGUGUCAAUCAAACUUAACAAUUGACCUAUCAGAACAGAGGUGGGGCUUAGUGGAAAGGUCUAUUUUGAACCACUAACUUUUUACAUCGGACAGCAAGUACACUUAACAGUGGUUCUCGUUGUAAACUUGUGUGUGUGGAACAUGCACACAUUUUCUUAUGCCCUGCUUAUUGAAUAACAUGCUUGACAUUCUGGAACAAUUGAAAAAAAGAGACUUUGGUAGAGUGGAGUGGUUUUUAGUUAGCAAUGUGUAAUGUCUUAAGAAUUUCACAAAAACUUAUUUUAGCGACAAAUCUCAACACCACCGCUCCACCCCUCAAUUUUGAGACAAGCAUAAAUUUAUAGUUAUGUAAAUACAGUAAUACAAUAUUUGACAAUAAGAAAGUACAGGUACUACUAUUUAUUGAAAAUAAGGGUGUUUUUCAGUGCCUUAUUUUUUAAGCUAGUAUUUAAUCAUGAAACAAUUUUGAAUAUCUUUAAAAUCAUAGUGCUGUAUACUGUAUUUGUUUUGUUAACUUUUGUAUUUUUUUGGUCGUCAAUGUAAUUAUUAUAUUUGCAUAAAUGUCUUUCUUUUCUAAGAGUUUUUCUUUUUAUUGUGAAUACAUUUUUUGAAUAGUUUGUUACUAAUUUGUCUUUAAAACAAUCUUCUUUUAAAUCCAAUUCCGAGGGAUCACUUGAUCCUCAGAAUAUAUCUAAUAUGUGACCAUGCUUCUAAAAAUGCAAUAGACACCCUUUUCCUGCAAA